CCUCCAAUCCUCCCUCACAUCUUAUCCACGAACCCAAGACCCACCCCAAUCUGUUCAAAAAAAAAAAGACUCACCCCAAUCAACACCAACAAGGAGCGUCCUGACCAGCAUCCCGCUCGUCCCGCCGCCGGCCUCCUUCCCCAGCGUGAGCCCGCACCCCGCAUCGCCUCCUUCCCCCGCUGGCACCACCGCAUCUGGGCCGCCGUCUCCUUCCCGCCUGUCCCCAAGCCUGCUCCGCCUCCCCCGCCCGGUCGCUCCCCCAAAUCCAUGUCGACGACCAGGCUACCCACUCUCCCUGCUUUCCCGCGAGUCGGCCACUCCCCAGCGCGAGCCCAGAUGGGAUCUGGCAUCUACGAGUGUGGGAGGACGAGCCGCCACACCGCCCCGUCCCCAUCUACACAGUGCUCAUCUCCGGUCGCCAGAUGCGGGCGAGCGCUGCUGGCUUUGCGGGAUGCAUCCCCGUCGAGCUCCAUAUGCGCCUCGGUCGGACACCACGGCCGAAUCCCGCAUCCAUGGUGAUCAACUUCCCUCGCCCUGCACCACCGUCCGCUUCCGCCCAUGCUCCAGUCGCCACGCCUCCUGCCGAUUUGCCCUGUGACGUUGGUGGUUGGUGGGAAGCCGGUGCCACCAGAUCCCGAGAUCUGGACGCUUUAUCUGAUCCAGGGUCGUCUCGGCCGGGAGGAGUUGUACCAAACGGGAGGAGCUGCUCAGCUCUACCAGACGGGAGGACCUGGACGAGCUUAGUGCGCGACGACGGAGUUGACCAAGAGCUUGGUGCGGUAGCGGAGGCGCCGAGACGGGAGCACGGGCACCUGCCGGCGGCGGGGAUAACCUUGAGAAGGGAAUUCGGGGCACCGUCCGGCCCCGUAUUGACCGCAUGGAGGCAGCGCCGGCGAGUGGUCGCCGCACUGUCACAGCUUUCUGCUCGCCCCUGUAGGUCGCGGAAACGGCUUCCUCACAUCGCUCGUGGACACUGCUUUUUCUUCAACAGCGAGUUAUGCAGACUGCCUCCCGUGGCAUCACUUGGCCAUGUGCUCGAUUACGUUUUACAAUAAUCUCCAUUUGAAGCACAAUCUACCUAGCUUGCUGAGACAAUCAAUUGGAAUUUCUCUUGUUCUCUAUGAUCAUUUUUUUAUGCAAGCUCCUACUGAGUUCCUAUGGUUGCUCGCUCUUUUCUCUGUUAUUUUGUUUUAGAGCGUGGAGAGAUUGAAAGAUUUUGUUUUGAUA